UGUUGUGAUUCGAUUGAAUUCACAUGCAAAUUUUCAACGAUCAUCACAUUUUGAAUUUUAAUUUGAUUUAUUAUUAAUUUGAUGAUUGAGAAAUUGAAGAUAUCGAUUGACAAUUGAUAAUUCUUAUUGUUGCAUCAAGUGCUGUUCAUAUUGUCAUCAUCAUAAUAAUUAUUCUUUAUAUUCUUUCAUUACAUAUUUAAAGAGUAUUGAUAACAACAACAAAAAAAUUAUAAAAAAUGUUUGGCCAAAGUACUUCUACUGGUACAUUUGGUCAGCCUUCAGCUUUCAAUACAACGGUUACACCGUUUGGAAGUAUUGGUGCCACACAACAACCACAAUCAACGUUGUUCGGACAAACUGGCACCCAACAAUCAUCAUUAUUCGGUAGUACUGGGCUAACUCAGCCUGCCACCAGUACGUUGUUUGGUGCAACACAACCACAAACCAAUACAUUUGGUACGCAAUCUGCUUUUGGUGGUGGAACAUCGUUAUUUGGAAAUACAGCUACCAAUAAUCCACAGGCGACACAAACACAGAAUUCUAUAUUUGCAAAUGCCAAUCGUUUUGGAACUUCGAAUACAUUUGGCACCAACACUGGUUUGAGUGGAACAAUGAAUAUAGCAACAGGUACUACAAUUAAAUUUCAACCACAAACAUCAACCGAUACGAUGGUUAAGAAUGGUCAAACACAAAGUACAAGUAUCAAUAUUCGUUUACAAUGCAUUACUUGUAUGCGUGAAUAUGAUACUAAAUCAUUGGAAGAGCUUCGUCUUGAAGAUUAUGCAACUGGUCGUAAAGGACCACAACAACAGACAGGAUUGUUUGGUGCAUCAACGAUCGGAAAUCCAACAGGAACUUCAACAUUUGGUACAGGAAGUUUAGGCACAGGACAGCCCAAUGCAUUCGGUCAGACAUCGACUGGAAGUAGUCUGUUUGGUAAUACACAAAAACCUUUUGGCUCGAUUGCACCGACUACUGUAGCCACAACAUCAAUGUUCAAUUCUGGUUUAUCAACUGCUGGCACAUCCGGGUUAUUUGGUCAGAACACAACGCAAACAGCGUUUGGUCAAACUAACGAUAAUAAAUCUCUCAGUUUUUUUGGACAACAGCCAUCAUCCACCUCUCAGCCAUUCUCGUUUGGCCAGACAAACACAUUAGGCACUAAUCAACCAUCAACAUCAAAUUCAUUGUUUGGCAACACUGGAACGACUAGCUCUAUUUUUGGCCAAAAUCAAAAUCCUUUGGCCACUAAUAAACCAAUGUUCGGAAGUAGUUUGACGCCAUUUGGUCAGACACAACCAGCACAACAACAGCAACAACAAACUGGGACUAGCCUUUUUGGUGCUACAAAUCCUACAAGUCAAACUGGUGGAAUUUUUGGCUCAAGCACCUCACAACCAUCGCUAUUCAAUGCAAAUCAAUCGACAUUAGGUAAACCGGGUGCAUUCUCGUUUCCUGGAACUCAAACAUUAAAUCAAACAUCAACAUUUAAUCCAACUUCCAAUUCAUCAACAUUAUUCGGGAAUACUGGAUCAACUGCAAAUGCAUUUGGCACCGGAACUACUGGAUCAUUAUUCGGAUCGAAUAAUACGUUUGGUGCAAGUAAUUUUGGUUCAUUUGGAGCUGGUACAAAUGCUUCUCAACCAUUUGGUAGUACGAAUAUCGGUUUCAAUCUGGGCGGAACAUCCACCGGUUCAACAUUUGGAAACACAUUUGGUACCGGUCUCAGUACUAAUACAUUUGGCCAGAAUGCUGGCCUCUCGACUGGUGGUUUUUUCGGUAGUAAUCUCAAUCAAGCUUCACAACAAAUAAAUGGUGUUGGAACAACAGGCACCAAUUCUAAUGCUCCAUCGAUCAAUACAGAUCAAAUAAUAACUCGUUUAAAAACGAUGCCAUACGGUACAUUACCACCGAUUUUAUCGGAAAAUUCAUUAACGGCUAAUUCGAAAACCAAAUUUACAACUGAUCCGAAAACAUUGAAUCAAUAUAAAUUGAAUGCCAAAUCAAAAACCGAAGUCAACAAAGUUCAACGUGUUCCUGUUUUCGGAAAACCAACAACAUUGCUAUUUGAUGGACUUGAUGAUGAAAGUCCCGAAAAUUUAAAAUCGGCUGCUGAUAUAUUUAAACCGAGACAGAAUAUCAAGAAAUUAGUCCUAAAUAAAUCUGAUUCGGGCUCAAAUAAUUCUACCAGUCAAUUUUCGGCAACAAUUUUGAAGACAUCAACAUUGACGAAGCCUGUAGCAUCUUCAUCGUUACAUAAUGUAUCAGAUUCUUUUAACAAGGAAAAGGAAUCGUCAAAAAUUUCUUCAAUACCAACUGUUGAUAAAGAUGCAUCACCAGCUGAUAAUACAAUUAACAUAUUGAAUGGAAAACAAACAUCCGAACAAAUAGAUUCAGCUUCUAAAGACAAUCAAACUUCAAGAAAAAAUCUCAGUAAUUCAUCAACCGCUAGCAUUUCUUCACCGGAAAAAUCUUUUUCAAAUCUUUAUGGACCAUUAAAUUUCUCAUCAAAUUCAAUAAUGGGCGGUGAUGAUCGCCUGGAAACGUCGAUAAAUAUGGCAAAUUAUGUACCACCCAAAUGUGGUGUCAUUUUAACUCGUACGGAUUACUAUACGAUUCCAUCAUUGGAUGAAUGUGAUCAAUUUUAUAAUCCAGAUGAUGAUACCUGUGUGGUUGAUUCAUUCACUGUGGGUCGACUUGAUUAUGGCUCAAUUUUCUGGCGUGGACCACUUAAUAUCAAAGGAAUUAAUUUAGAUGAAAUUGUUCAUAUCCGACGUAAAGAAGUGAUUGUAUAUCCAGAUGAUGAUCUAAAACCACCCGAAGGUGAAGGUUUGAAUCGUCCAGCGCAAAUCACAUUGGAUCAAGUUUGGCCGGUUGACAAGACAACCAGAGAAUUCAUUAAGGAUACUGAACGUUUGCGUUUGAUGAAAUAUGCUGAACGUUUAGAAAAGGUGACCAUAAAAUUGGGUGCGACAUUCAAAGAAUAUCGUUCCGAUACUGGAUCAUGGGUUUUCCAGGUGAAACAUUUCAGUAAAUAUGGUUUAGAUGCUGAUGAAGAAGAUGUCGAAAUUAUCGAACCUGCCAAAGGAGAUCAACAAAAAUCAGAUCCGUAUUCAAAAAAAUCUCAACAGACUUAUGUCAAACAAACUUAUGAUAUGAGUGGACAAAAAUUGAACCUUCAUCUUAAUGGUUUUCAUUCGAAUGAAUUAGAUCAAAUGAAUAAUCAACAACAACAGCAACAGUUGAAUGGCCAUUCUUUAGAUUCCCGAGAUAUAUUGUUCAAUCAACAAAGUCCAUAUUUCGCAAGUAAAUCAAGUGAAAAUGCAUCCGAACCAAAAACACAAGGAAAAUACGGUAGUUCUGGCUUGUUUAUUGCUGAUCAAAUUGAUGAAAGUCAACCAUAUGAAUCACCGUUAUCAAUAUCAAUUAAAGCCAAAAAUGAUGAAUAUAAUUUGAUGCGUUCGGCGUUAUUUGUUGAAGAUGAUGAAAUUGAAACAAUGUCUAAGAAAUGUAAAAAUUUAUCUUUCAUCAAAAUGACACCAUCAACCAGUCAAAUGAGUCAAAUAAUGCCAUCGGUUGCCACAAGUUCGACAUUAUUUCCAGCCAGAUUCCUCAAAGCAACCAUUCCGAAAAAACGACGAUUGAUUUUUGAACAACAAACUACUUCGCCACAACAAAAAGCGAAUGCUUAUUCAAUAUCGAAUGCAGAAUACCCAAAAGCACAUUUCGCUAAUGGAUCGAAUAAAUUUUGCCUUAUUGUCGGUAACGAUGUUUUGAUUUUCAAUGUUGAUCUUCUUCGAUUGGAUCAAACAGAAUCGAUUGAAAAACUGGAACUACAAUUCAAUUCGCAUUCCACUAUUGAGAAUAACGAAGAUCAACAAAUUCAACAGCUGCAAGAAAAAUCAAGAAUCCCACCAUUGAUUCGUACAAAUGCCUAUAGCUUAAAUCAAAUGGUAGAUUCUAAUCUCAAUUUAUUGAUUGAAGCUUUGUAUGGAGAAUUAAGUGAAACAACUGAUUAUGCUCGCCACCAAGAACGUCUUCGUCGAAUAUUAAAAUGGUUAUAUAACUACAACAAAACUUUACCCGUUCCAGAAAGUUCAUUCGAUCGUAUUGUCCACUUCCUGACUACUAACGAGCUGGAAUUUGCUGUUACCGAAUGUAUUAAUUCGAAACUUGCACGGUUGUCAUAUUUAAUUUCAUGUGGCCCAUAUUGCCGAAAAGAAUUGAUGAUCGCACAGCUCGACCUCUGGAAACGUUCCGAAUCUGAUGUAUUCAUUGUGAAAGAUUUGUUGAAAAUCUAUAUCAUUCUAAGCGGAUUAUCGUCAUGGACAAUGAGCACUGGACAGAUUAUUGAUACUUUGGAUGGGCUUGAAUGGACACAACAAUUGACAUUAUUGUUACUGUAUAAAACACGUACAGGUGUCGAAAUGAUUGGUACCAAUUUGGUUCGUACAGCCAUUGAAGAAUUAACUAUUCACCCUAAUACUGUUGAAUAUCAUAUGCUUGCUCAACAUCAGCCAUGGGUUGCCAUAACAUCGGCAACAAAUUAUUUAGAUUCUUGGAUGUUACAAGAACAGCUUCAAAGUUAUAACGUGAUCAUCGAAGAUGUUUCAACAAACAAAUGUGAUUCGAUCAAUAUUUUUAUGGCUUCACAAUGUCGUGAUUUAUAUUGGUCAUUAUUUUUUGCUCUUCAUAUCCGUAAUGAUUAUAUUCGAACAUUCUAUGUUAAAGAAUUGCUCGCGAGAAAUGCUAAACAAUUGAUGGAUGAUCUAGAUUUGGAGCACUUAAUAGUGGAGAAAUAUCAUAUCGAUUCUCGUUUAUUAUCCGAAGCUAAACUUUAUUGGGCUCGUACCAAACGAUAUCAUCGUGAUAUAGCAAUGAAUCUAUUGAUAAUUGGACAGUAUAAAGAAGCUCAUGAUAUACUUGUUGAUCGCAUCUUUCCUGAAUUGGUCAUCAAUGAAGAUUACGAAGAAAUUCGCCAUCUCAUUGACAAAUUACGUCCACAUAGACAUUUGAUACCGAAUUGGGAUCUAACCGGAGCAGGAAUCUAUGACAUAUUCAUUAAAUUACUUUGUUUUGGACAAUCAUUUGCUGGCAAUGAUGGCGAUUCUAGCAUUCAACAUUAUCGUAAAUUGAUUGAAAAUUUCAAUGUCCAUCAACUUCUAACGCCAACUAAUCGUCAUGUUCUAUGUCAAAGUCAGAUGGCUCGUGUUGCUAAUAUCAUUCAUGCUGAAUUGAAUAUGGGAAUGUUUGCCUAUCACACAGCUGUACCACAUGAUUAUUCCCUAUUGGAAUUGCGAUCAAAUGCAUACAAAAUAUUUGAAUUGAAAACUGCCGCCAUUAAUGUUUGAUUAUCAUCAUGAAAAUAUUUGUGAACAAUAAUAUU